AUGCUAGCCUCGCCGGCGCUCGCCGGCGCCACCCACUCCUUCCCGGCCUUCGUGUCGGGCAGCCGCGGCGUCCACCUCCCGUGCGCCUCCGCGCCCUCGCACUCGCCGGCGCGGCGGGCCGCCCUGGUCGUCCUCGCCAAGGCCAAGGUGUCCACGCCCAAUGCCGACCGCAUCGCCCGCCACGACCGCCUCCGCAAGAAGGUUAGCGGCACCACGGAGAGGCCAAGACUCAGCGUUUUCCGCUCAAACAAGCAUUUGUAUGCUCAGGUGAUCGACGAUACAAAGUCGUGCACUCUGGCUUCAGCCUCAACAAUGCACAAAGCUCUUUCAAAGGAGCUUGAGUACUCUGCUGGGCCAACAACUGAAGUGGCACAAAAGAUUGGUGAAGUGAUUGCCAAGUCCUGCUUGGAGAAAGGAAUCACCAAAGUGGUGUUUGACCGAGGGGGUUUCCUCUACCAUGGCCGCAUCAAAGCUCUAGCCGAUGCUGCUAGAGAGAACGGACUUGAGUUCUGA